AUGACAUUUUCCUUGACCCCAUCAAAUCCUACCGUUGUAAAAACUUCCAAGGGUGAAGAUAAAAUAAUCUAUGUAGAAUUUAAAGUGCCAGAAUAUAAUCGAGAUGCAUCUUUUAGUCUUGCAAAAUAUUCUUAUCGAGCAAACUCAGAGAAUCCUGAUAUUGAUGAAGGAUGGAUUGUUUAUAGAAAUAAUGAAAGUUUUCUAACUGUUGGGAAAGGUUAUGUAAUUGUUAAAGGGAAAUAUUGUGGUAUUUGUUCAACUGAUUUGGCUAGGCGAUAUUUACCUUAUGAAUUGCCACAGAUUAUCGGACAUGAAGCUGUUGCUAUACAUCAAUCUAAGCCCGUUGUAAUAGAAAUUAACGCAUCACAUUUUGCUCGUGGAAUUACAAACGAAUCGU